AGGUGGAAAUCAUUGAUGUCAUUGUAAGGCAGUGACUGGCAAGGCUCCACAGUCACCACCAGCACCAGGAAGCAGCAAACAAGAACUCGCAGCAGGCUCUGCAGGCUCAGCAGAGCCACCGACUCCAGGCACCUACCUCGAGAAUAGUGACAGAUUCUAUGAAAACUAAGUACUUGGGGCAGACAACUGGUCUGGAAUUAAGACACUGCUUGGAAUAUAUGCAUUCCAUAUCAGGGUGCCAGAGUUUGAGUUCCGUUUCUGCUUCCAGUUCCAGCAUCAUGCUAACACACCCUGGGAGGCAGCAGCAGGACUCCACAAUGGCGGAGCUGCUUCCUUCAGAGGACAGUACAGAUCAGGUGUGCACCUUCCUCUUCAGAAAGCCUGGGCAGAGAGGGGCUGCAGGCCCCCAACAGCGCCGGGUCUGCCACCCCGAGUCCGGAGACAGUGAUGAAAGUAGCAGCGAUGAAGGCAGCAGAGUGGUCCGACCACAGAAGAAGCGAGUGGUCCACAAUCCAAUGAUACAGAAGACAUGCAGCAGUGCUAAGCAGAAGGUGUCCCAUGGCCACUUGAGCAGCGACGAGGAGGAGCCAGGAAACGAGCCGGAGACUGUGGGAGUGGUCUACAAGUCCACCCGCUCGGCGAAACCCGUGGGGCCGGAGGACAUGGGGGCGACAGCCAUGUUCGAGCUCGACACAGAGAAGGAGCGCGACGCACAAGCCAUCUUUGAGCGUAGUCAGAGGAUCCAGGAGGAGCUGAGGGGCAAGGAAGAUGACAAGAUCUACCGGGGAAUCAAUAAUUAUCAGAAAUACAUGAAGCCCAAAGAUACGUCCCUGGGCAAUGCCUCCUCCGGGCUGGUGAGGAAGGGCCCCAUCCGGGCCCCCGAGCAUCUGCGGGCCACUGUGCGCUGGGAUUACCAGCCCGACAUCUGCAAGGACUACAAGGAGACUGGCUUCUGCGGCUUCGGGGACAGUUGCAAGUUCCUCCAUGACCGUUCAGAUUACAAGCACGGGUGGCAGAUCGAGCGUGAGCUUGCUGAGGGUCGCUAUGGGAUCCUUGAGGACGAAAAUUACGAAGUGGGAAGCAACGAUGAAGAAAUUCCAUUCAGAUGUUUCAUCUGUCGACAGACUUUCCAGAACCCAGUCGUCACCAAAUGCAGGCAUUACUUCUGCGAGAAGUGUGCACUGCAGCAUUUCCGCACCACCCGGCGCUGCUACGUCUGCGACAGGCAGACCAAUGGCGUCUUCAAUCCAGCCAAAGACUUGAUUGCCAGGCUGGAAAUGCAUCGAGGGUCGGCAGCCAGUGCUGCAGCCCACUUUCCAGCAGACCCCGAGGAGGGUUCAACCCCCAUUGCUUAGGUUUCCCUCAAACUCAAAAAUAAAUGGUUGUUCUUUUAGGGGAAAAAUA